AUGGAAAACUACAGAAAAUCAGCACUAAAACCCUGGAAGAAAGGCCCGACAAGAGGCAAAGGCGGGCCUCAGAAUGCAACAUGUGAGUAUCGAGGAGUUCGACAGAGAACUUGGGGUAAAUGGGUAGCAGAAAUCAGAGAGCCCAAGAAGAGGACCAGACUCUGGUUGGGUUCUUUUGCAACAGCAGAAGAAGCCGCCAUGGCUUAUGAUGAAGCUGCAAGAAGAUUAUAUGGGCCAGAUGCUUACCUCAAUCUACCCCACCUCCAAUCCAACUUUAAUCCCCUAAACAAAUCUCAGAAGUUCAAAUGGUUUCCCUCCAAAAACUUCAUUUCAAUGUUUCCUUGUGGGUUGCUCAAUCUGAACGCCCAACCCAGUGUUCAUGUCAUUCAUCAAAGACUCCAAGAAUUCAAGAAAAACAGCGUUUUUGAUCAAUCCUUGUCUUCUAAUUCAUCAACCUGUGAUUCAAAAACAGAGAUUCAGAUCAGUAGUGAUUGCCAUGUAGAGAAUCCUGUAAUUAAGGAGAAGCAAGCAGAAACACCAGUAGAAAAAAUACCAGAUCAUGAAAACAAGCCUCAAAUUGAUCUGAUCGAGUUUCUUCAGCAGCUGGGUAUACUGAAAGAAGAGAGUCAGCCCAAUGCCACUGGGGAUUCUACAAUGCUGGAGCUUUCGAUGAAAGAUGAUGACAAACUAGCAAGCUUCACUGAGCAGAACUUCAAUUGGGACACGUUGAUCGAGAUGCAUAGAAUUGAAAACCAAGAAGAAGCAUUCAGUAGCUUCCAGGCUUAUGAUGCUCAAGAUGAGCUGACUAUACCUACUUCUAUAUGGAAUUUCUGAAGUGAUCAGCUGAUUUUGAUAAGAUAGGCUAGAGUUAAAUUCAGUUAGUAUCUAUCUAUAACAUAAAUAUUAAUCAGGAAAAAAUAGUGGCUUGUUUUCAAUCUAGGCAAGUUCCACCUCUCCAUAGAGUGGUACCAAUUUUUCAGAGUCAGUAUGUGUUAUGAAUGCAUGAAAAAAUUUGUCUAACCAUGGAGGUGGGGGUAGAAACAAUGACACAUGAUUCUUAUAAGUUUCUUCUCUCUCUCUGUAGCUAUUAGUUUAUUUCAGAUGAAAGAAAUUGUCAGUUUACCUCAAGAGUGGGCUUCUACAUUUGCUUUCUUUAUUUCUGACUUCACAAAAAGCUUACAGACAAGUAUUUCACAAAGCCGAGAGAGAUGCUCAUUGAAAAUCAUAAGCACCCAACUUCAUGUCAUAGUGUUGUAGUCAAUUCAAUUAGCUUCAAGAUUAAAAUUUCCUUUCUUUUGAAGUAUUGAUCCUAAAAAUUCUUGCCUAUAAAAGAUAUGUUAUUCGCUCAAAGAAACCAAUUCAGUUCUAUCAACACAUAUUCCAAAUAUAGCAAAAUCAUUCUCAAUUACAAAACCAUCAUGAACAAAACAUUAUUUAUAAACAAAAACCAUGGACAGGAAGAGUACCAAAACCGGAACUUCAAAAACAUCCAAUCAGACUAGGAUUUGGCUGAAUCAAGGUUGCGGCUUGGAAUAUAGAACAACUACCCAUUUCUACAUUAAAUUUCCUUUCUUUUGGAGUAUUGAUCCUAAAAAUUCUUGCCUAUAAAAGAUAUGUUAUUCGCUCAAAGAAACCAAUUCAGUUCUAUCAACACAUAUUCCAAAUAUAGCAAAAUCAUUCUCAAUUACAAAACCAUCAUGAACAAAGCAUUAUUUAUAAACAAAAACCAUGGACAGGAAGAGUACCAAAAGCAGAACUUCAAAAACAUCCAAUCAGACUAGGAUUUGGCUGAAUCAAGGUUGCGGCUUGGAAUAUAAAACAACUACUCAUUUCUACAUUAAAAUGCCACCAGCAAGACCAGGUUACAUUCUGAGUACAUAACCAUCAUUCCUUUUUCCUAGUUGAAGAAUGUCAUUCAAAAAAGAGUAGGGUCCCUUCUGCAUGCAACAAAAUCUCGAGGAAAUGCAUGUUAUAAUCAAAGUCAACACCCGCACUUAACAAGGCAUCGACAAAGCUUUUGGCCUCAACCCACGAUUGUUUGAUUCAUCCAACUUAACAAGUUCAAACUUCACCAUCAUUUGAAGAGCAAUAACU